AUGCGGCAAAUUUUCCUAGCCGCCCUCCUUGAUGAAGUGGGGAUUUUUGCAGUGGAAGGGACGAAAGAAGAGGAUGGCCCAAUUGUUAACACCAAAUACGGACCUGUCCAAGGCCUGAAAGUCGAAGCAAAAGACGGGUCCACAGCUAAUGUUUUCCUUGGAAUUCGAUAUGCCAAUGCCCCGGAUAAUUUUCAUCGAUUUGAGGAAACCCCAUAUCGUCGACAAAUGGACUUUCUGCACCAUGCCACAAGAUUCCGGGCAGCUUGUAUCCCGGUACACAGUGCACACGUCAAUGAUCGCCAGGACUUCAGCGAGGACUGCCUUUUCCUGAAUAUCCUGACGCCUUCUGACCUUCAAAGCGCACACCCAGUGAUGGUAUUCAUCCACGGCGGUGGUUUCGCAAUCGGAAACACGGAAGAAUAUGGCUACAAGAAGCUUGUCGAUCACUUUGUUGCCAAGGGCAUUGUUGUCGUCACCAUUCAAUAUAGACUGGGACCUCUUGGCUUCUUUUCUCUCGGAGACCCGACUGCGCCUGGAAACAUGGGUCUCUGGGAUAUGGCGACGGCUCUAGAAUUCUUGCACGAUGUCCUCCCCGCUUUCGGAGGCAACGUCAACCAAAUCACCGUAUCCGGACAGUCUGCCGGCUCCUCUGCCGCCAGUGCUCUAACUUUUUCACCUCAUGCUGAUGUCUAUUUCCACCAAACCAUCGAGCUUUCCGGAUCAGUUUUUGCCGAGUAUUCACUAUCGGAGUCGGUCGUCGAGAACUCCUUCGCCCUGGCCAAAGAGCUAGGAUGCCAGAAAAACAAUGAAAAAGACACCCGGAAAAUCCUGGACUGCAUGAGGGAGAGGACUGCACAAGAGAUUCUGGAUGGUGUUGAUAGGAUUGGCCCGAGCCGCACUCAUCCGAACUUCUUGAAGUUCCAUCCCAGGAUUGAUGGCGAAUUCUUCCCGUAUGCUCUGGAUCAGAUGUUGAAAACAGCGCAGCCAAAGCCGGUGCUUUCUGGAUUUACAGAUCAGGAAUCGGCAAUGUUUGCCAGCGGCUUCGAGGGGCUACCCUGCCUUCAACGGCGUCCGGCUCACCAAGGAGGACCAGAAGAACUUUACUCGAGACGCGUUCUUCAAAUUCAUCUCGGAAAACGUGGCUAC